AUGUCGAUCGAGUCGUUCGCAAACACCGAAUGCGCCGCCGUACUCAACGAUGCCUUUAUCCCUGUUCUUAUUGACAGAGAGUCUCGCCCCGACUUGGAUACCAUCUACAUGAAUUAUGUCCAAGCUGUCAGUAGUGUUGGCGGCUGGCCACUGAAUCUUUUCGUCACACCAGAGCUUGAGCCCGUUUUUGGUGGCACAUACUGGCCUGGGCCCAAUGCCGCGCAUCGCGCACACGACGGGAGUGCCGAAGACGCUUUGGAUUUCUUGACCAUUAUCAAGAAAGUAAGAGACAUCUGGAAGGAGCAAGAAGCAAGAUGCCGCAAGGAAGCCACCGAGGUGCUUGCUCAACUGAGAGAAUUUGCCGCGGAAGGGACCCUAGGGACAAGACCUAUUGCGCAAACACAGACAUUUGCGCCUUCAGGUUGGGCGGCACCUGUUCCAAGCGAGCCAUCGAAAAACACUGAUAGAACCGCCGCACUGUCGAGCGAACUUGAUUUGGAUCAACUUGAGGAGGCUUACACACACAUCGCGGGCACCUUUGACCCCGUCUACGGAGGGUUUGGACUGGCUCCCAAGUUCCUAACUCCGCCGAAAUUGCAGUUCUUGCUUGGACUUCGCACUUCUCCUAGUCCUGUUCAGGAUAUCGUGGGAGAGGCAGAAUGCACUUAUGCGACAGACAUGGCGGUCGACACCCUGCGAAAGAUUCGAGACGGAGCGCUACACGACCAUGUCGGAGCCACCGGAUUCGCUCGCUGCUCUGUUACUCCAGACUGGUCAAUACCGAAUUUUGAAAAACUCGUUGUCGACAAUGCACAACUUCUCUCCCUCUAUCUUGCGGCGUGGCAAAUCGCCGGCGGGCAAGCGACAAGUGAAUUCUACAACAUUGUCCUGGAACUUGCAGUAUACUUGACAUCGGCCCCAAUUCUGCGAUCAGAUGGACUGCUUGCAUCCAGUGAAGCAGCUGACUCCUAUGUACGAAAUGGUGACAGAGAGAUGAAGGAGGGUGCUUUCUACCUCUGGACCAGGCGAGAAUUUGACAGCAUUAUUGAAACUGCGGAGAAGGGCGCCAGCCAAGUAGUUGCUGCCCACUGGGGCAUUCUGGAAGACGGCAACGUUGAUGAGCAGCAUGACCCAAACGAUGACUUCAUGAACCUAAAUAUAUUGCGGGUGGUCAAGACACCGGAAGAGCUGAGCAAACAGUUCAAUAUACCCGUGGAGAAGGUUGAGCAGUCUAUCCGCACCGCACAGAAGGAGCUGAAGACGAGAAGGGAACGCGAGCGAGUGCGUCCGGAUGUUGACGACAAGGCUGUCACUGGUUGGAACGCAUUGGCGCUGUCUGCUCUUGCCAAGACGGCUGAGGCUUUAAAAACGAUCAAUCCGGAAAUCAGCGCUAAAUGCACUGCUGUGGCAAGUGGACUUGCCUCCUUCCUUCAAGAGCACCUGUGGGAUGCUCAGGCAAAGCUGUUGUAUCGAAUCUGGACGGGGAAGAGAGAUGUUGAAGGAUUUGCUGAUGACUAUGCAUAUGCCAUUCAAGGCCUUCUGGAUCUAUUCGACACCAAUGGCGAUGAAACUUUAAUCGAGUUUGCUGAUCAACUGCAGAAGGCACAAGUUUCGCAAUUUUAUGACCCUGCAGGUGGCUUCUUUACUACCACAGCUAAAUCUUCCUUUGCCAUCUUGCGACUGAAGGACGGCAUGGACACGUCCCUGCCUUCAACAAACGCCGUUUCCGUCUCCAACUUGUACAGACUCGGCCACGUCCUCGAGGACCAGACUUUUACGGCCAUGGCCCGCAGCAGUAUUAACGCCUUUGAGCCGGAGAUGCUGCAGCACCCGUGGCUCUUCCCGGGCCUACUUGGCGGCGUUGUCACGGCUCGCCUCGGCGUAGCUGGGGCUCGUAGUGAGGAGGUCAAGUAUAAGGCGACGAGAGAAAAGGCUUAG